CUCGGCAGGUCAGCACACAGGACCCACACUCUUUACUCUGGAUGCGUCGCAAGCACCGCAUCAGGUGAAGACACACAAUGGAGCUGAAACCUCUUCUCAAAAAGCUGCUGUCGAUACUCCGAACGGUAUUCACGUUCGUCUUCGCGUUGGCCGUUUUGGGCGUGAUGGUGUGGGCGUACGUCGAGGGUCAGCAGCUGGUCACAUCCAUGUAUGGAAUCAUCUCCUUCGGUAUUUACGGCCUCCUGCUGUCGCUCCACGUGCUGGUCCAGAGCUUCUUCGCCUACAUCGAGCAGCGGCGGAUGAAAGCUCGGAAGACUCCGUGCACCUGCACCAAGACCAUUGGCUUCACCAUAUCAGCCUACCAGGAGGACCCGGUCUACCUCAAAGAGUGCCUCAACUCCAUCCGGGCCCUCCAGUACCCGUCCGAGCUGCUGCGCAUCAUCAUGGUGGUGGACGGGAACUCGGAUGACGACAUGUACAUGAUGGACAUGUUCAGAGAGGUGUUUGCUGACCGGGACCCGGGUUGUUACGUGUGGUACAACAACUACCACACCUGGGAUCCCACCAUGGAGACAGCUUCUGUGGGCUCAGGAGUGGAGGCAGACUAUAUUUUAGAAAGCGAGGACCCACAAAGGAGCGAAGUGGAGCACCUGAUCCAGACCAAGAACUGCGUGUGCAUCAUGCAGAAGUGGGGGGGCAAGCGGGAGGUGAUGUACACCGCCUUCAAAGCCCUCGGAGAUACAGUGGACUACAUCCAGGUGUGCGACUCAGACACCAAACUGGACGCCUUGGCCACGGUGGAGCUGUGUAAGGUGCUGGAGAGCAACCCCAAGUACGGCGCAGUCGGCGGGGACGUGAUGAUCCUCAACAUGAAGGACUCCUACAUCAGCUUCAUGAGCAGCCUUCGCUACUGGAUGGCCUUCAACAUAGAAAGGUCCUGUCAGUCCUUCUUCAACUGCGUCUCCUGCAUCAGUGGACCUUUGGGCUUGUACAGGAACGAUCUCCUGCAGGCGUUUCUGGAAUCUUGGUACAAUCAGAAGUUUUUAGGGACUCAUUGCACUUUUGGAGACGACAGACAUCUCACCAACCGUAUGCUGAGCAUGGGCUACGCCACAAAAUACACGGCUAACUCCAAAUGCUACACCGAGACGCCCGCUCAGUUCUUGCGUUGGCUCAACCAGCAAACCCGCUGGACCAAGUCAUACUUCCGCGAGUGGCUCUUCAACGCCAUGUGGUGGCACAAGCACCACCUGUGGAUGACGUACGAGUCCAUCGUUUCCGGGGUGUUCCCCUUCUUCGUCACAGCCACCAUCAUCCAGGUGUUCUGGACGGGCACGCUGUGGGACAUCCUGUGGGUGCUAUGCUGCAUCCAGCUGAUCGGGCUAGUGAAAGCCGCCUACGCCUGCAUCCUGCGCAGGGACGCGGUGAUGGUGUUCAUGUCGCUCUACUCCGCCUUGUACAUGACCAGCUUGCUGCCUGCCAAGUACUUUGCCAUCCUCACCAUGAACAAAAGCAGCUGGGGGACGUCGGGAAGAAAGAAGAUAGUGGGCAACUACAUGCCCCUACUGCCCUUGUCGGUGUGGACAGCACUUCUGUUAUCUGGGAUGUUUUACACUAUCUGGAGAGAGAGCCUCGAGAGCUGGUACAGUCCAGUAAAGACUGGAAACUGAAUUUCUUGUCUUUGGCUGUGUGGCCUAUUUGUGUUACUGGCUGCUGAUGAUGUUUUUAUACUGGGUGUGGUUCCGCCGGUCGUGUCGGACACGAUCAAAAAGUUACUCGUUGAAUGUUUAGGUAGGUCCACAGCAUUCCAGCAACUUAAUUUAUUAUAAUGUCUGUUAUUUUUAAUGUAUUUAUUUAGUUGGUCUCCAAACUCAGGGCAAUGCAGGUUAUUCCAUGUUGCUGCUAAACCAACAAACACAAAAUGGCGUAUUGAUGGGUUUAACUCAACAAACGCAGAAAGAGCAAACUUUGACAUGGAGAUGUUGCACAUUUAAGUGAAACUGAGGGCUUUAGCCUACGCACUUCUUACGUUUCUCUUCUUUUGUAUGUAAGUGAGCGAUCCUGGCUAUUAUGUUGUGUGAAUAUUUAUGUUCAAUAGGUGAAUUAAGUCGCCACACACAUCCGAGACUUGACUCAUGAAGACUCUGACAUUCUCUUGUUCCCCCUUCCCCUGACUGACAAGCUGAUGGCUUACAAUCACGGUGGGCCACAGAGAUGUCCAACCAAAAGGUGGUAAAUGUUUGACAGCAAGAUACGUGUCAAACUAAGAUAAGCCAUUAGCUGUUCUUGCGUUUGGAAAGAAGCGUCUUGGCAGUUUCUUACUGUUCACGCCAGUCAAACGUAAACGAACGCAAGAGCUUUCUUUGUGCCAACAUGCUGAGCGGAUUGGUUUCUACACAGCUUUAUAAAGUCUGAAGCCUUCAGCAGAGUGUAGGGGGACUAAUAUUCUCUCAGGCGGGACUCACUGUGCCACAUUUUUGCAAAGAAGAAUCAACCAGACACCCGCAGUGUACAUUGGUAAAUGAAGAACGAGUCAUUGGUUCUCAGGAUGAUAUUAUAUAGUAGUUCCUCAAUUUACAAUCUCAGUAACUUAUCUCAAAUCUCCCAUUGAAAUGCCCUGCCCCUAAACAGCACCAUUGUAACAUGUAACAUGCCUUUCAACAAGAAAAACAAACUUUUAAAAUGAUUGUAUAAAAACAAUACUACAGAAUGCACUACAAACAACUACAGUAAAAUGUAAUGUAAUUAUAAGAUAGAUACUUUAUUGAUACAAAGGGAAAUUCAAGAAUGUACAUCAUUAUUAUUGGAGAGUGGACUUAUCUCCUUCCAGCUGCUUCUCCAUUAUUUUUCAUUGAUAAAUGUCCACCGUUUCGAUUAUAUUUUAUCAUCGUUACCAUUUUCAGUAUGGUGUCGACUAGCAAAGUUUGUCACACGCUCAGUCAUGUUUUCAAUGAUUUAUUAAAUUAUUCAAUGAAUAUCAUCCACUUCUUCUUCUCAGCAUUGUCCUUCACACUCACUUUCUUCCUUCCCAUUUUUGGAAAAACUAAUUUAUGUCCAUCUCUAGCUAUAAGUUAAUGCUAGCGAGUAAGACCAGAUGUUUUGGUUGGAUCUUACAGGGUUCACUGUGACAUUUGAUAGGCCAACUAAUGGUGGGGAUGCUUGUGACUAAAAUGUUUGCUUGCAACUUAAAGCAUAACAAUCAGCCAAUAGACAGCUCUUAUCUCAAAACACUCUUAAGUUGAGGUACCACUCUAUGGUAAAAGUGUGCUCAUUGCAGGUGGAAAAGACUUGAGAUUUCAACAAGACUUUAACCAAAGACUUGAGCCUUGACUAGGACUUGCAUCUCAGAGAUUUGAUUGCGCUCAACAUGACUUCUCUUAAAUAUUUCUGUAAGAACCACUACAUAAAAAGUUGUCUUGGUGUCAGUUUCGUGACAGAAUUACUUUUACACGUGUUGUUGCACUGGACUUUUGACUGCACUUUUCUGCAGGGUCGCACAAUUUAAAAAAAACACAACGUGAAGGGAUGGGAAUUCCCGAAUAAAGCGUGCACUUAAUGAAUGUUUCAGAUGACCCUUGCUUUGGAAUCACUUUUGUAAAAGAAAAUUGUGGUAUGAGGGAUAUGUGAAAAUUCAGUCCACGUCGUUCCCAGAGACCUUCAUUGACAUUUCUCAGAGCCAUAACAUCGAGUUCCCGAUAAGAAACAACUCCCACACUCACAGGGAGAAACCUUCGUUUUGGUAUUUGUUGCUCCUUUGUUCAGGAAGGCAAGUAUCAGGUGUGCAACUAUGACUUCAUGAAAUUAAGAUUUAAGGUACUUUUAGACUUCACUGAUCCAUUCCAAUACACAUAAAGUACAUGCAAUGAUGAAAUGUAAACAAUGUACUGUAGACUGUGUGAUGGUGUCAAGUGUGGGUGUACUGUGUGGGGCCAGU